UUGGGACUGGUGAGUAACAGGUUUUGCUGAGACGGGCAGCAGAGUCGAAACUUCUCCAUCAGGACCGGAGCGAGGUCGGGACGCGAGACAAACAGUUUUAUGGACAGGUUUUACUUCAGGAGUGAAAUAUUUGUUGCGGCACAUGUCGGUGAAAGAGGCGGAUAACACGGACCAGUCACAUUCAGUUCAACGGUAAAAAAAUAAUAAUAAUAAUAAUGAGCCCGGUGUUUCUUUUGCUUCUCUUUCUGCGGACCGCGCAGCUCCGCCAUGUCCACUCAGACCCGGAAUUUCAGACGGGGUCCGCGCUGGAGGCGCAGCGGGCGGAGGAUGCUGGCGCGCCGCCUCCGGGCACAGAGGAGCCCCUCUCCCCGGAGAAGACUUCUCUAGACCGAGUUGAAACUUGGAGAGUCGCCCGAGGAGCCAAAGAUGGGAGUCCCGGGAGAAGAGACCCGCACUCCCCGAGCAGUUACGGGCAACCGCGCCGAUACGACGACCCGAGCAGGUACUUCACCACGCCGCGGGCCGACCGGUACACCUCUGCCCCGGCGGGCAACUCUUCGUCGGGUCGUGGGUCGGGGCUCCUCAACCCACUGUUCCCGGUCACCGACGGCGCCUACUGGGCGUACGCCGUCAUGCUGCUCGCGCUCGUGCUGUUCGCCGCGGGCAUCGUGGGGAACCUCGCGCUCAUGUGCAUCGUGUGGCACAACUUCUACCUGAAGAGCGCGUGGAACUGCAUCCUGGCGGGCCUGGCGUUCUGGGAUUUCCUCGUGCUGUUCUUCUGCCUCCCGGUGGUCGUCUUCCACGAGCUCACCUUGAAGAGGUUGCUAGGAGACCUGUCCUGUCGGCUCGUGCCCUACAUGGAGGUGACGUCUCUGGGAGUGGCCACGUUCAGUCUCUGUGCCCUGAGCAUCGAUCGCUUCCACGCAGCCACCGGCCCAGGGCCCCUUCGGGCUCCGAAGGUGGAGCCCUGCCAGUCCAUCCUGUCCAAGCUGUCCGUCAUCUGGGUGGGCUCCAUGGUGCUGGCUGCCCCCGAGCUGCUUCUGUGGCAGCUCCUCCAGGAAACUGUCAGCCUGCCGACGCUCCCCACUGACCCGCAGCAGGGCCAGCAGGGGGGCUCACUGAUGGCAGCGUUCAGAGCCGGAACAGAGGCGUUUAAGGUGGAUAUCUGUGUCCGGGAGCCGUCUGUGGAGCUCCCAGAGAGCAUCUACUCUCUGGUGCUGACCUACCACGAGGCCCGCAUGUGGUGGUUCUUCGGGUGUUACCUCUGUUUGCCUCUGCUCUUCACUCUGGCCUGCGACUUGGUGACGAGGCAAGUGUUAGCCCAGCGUCUGCUGCAGAGACCUGAGGGUGACAAGGUGAUCGGCAGAUGCUCCUCCUCCUCCUCUUCAUCCUCGUCCUCCACAAAGAAAAAGCAGCAGGUGAGGGAGCAGAGGCUGCGCUCCACUGUGAUGGGGCUCACCAUCUUGUACAUCACAUGCAACCUGCCGGAGAGCAUUUGUAACAUCACCCUGGCGUACAUCUCCAUCCCGGCGUCCGCCGUGCUCCCGGCUCUGGCCCUGCCAGCGCUUGGUUUGAUGGGACAGUUCCUGUUGUUUGUGCGAUGCUCGGCGACGCCGGUGUUGCUGCUGUGCCUGUGUCGCUCCCUGGGCCAGGCCUUCAUGGACUGCUGCUGCUGCUGCUGCGAAGAGUGCCUCCCCGACAGCAACUCCUCCUCAUCCUCCUCGGCCUCGGCCGUCGCCACCUCCACCCUCUCCUCAGCCGCAUCACCCUCUCCGUCCUCCCUGUCUCCUUCCAGCAAAGACGAGACGAUGAAGAGCGUGUUGUCGACAGGACCAGCGGUCUACGACAGGGUGAAAGACUCUUCAUCAGCUAUCGGGACGCCCUGCUGAGGCCCGGGACUGUCAGGCAUGAAACUUUAAAGGAUCAUUUAGAUUUAUUACAGCUUUGUUCUUAUUUUUAUAGUUUUGUCCAUCAUUUUCAUCUGUAAUAAGACAAGCCAAAAGUUUAUUCAGAUUACACUAUACGGCCAAAAGUAUAUUUCUUGGUUUAAGCUCCAAUGAAGGGACGUCUUUAUAAUACGGUAUACAGUGAAAUUUUAGACAACAGCUUGCUUCCAAUUCUGUGUCGACAGUUUGGUGAAAACCCCAACUUGAUUUUCGACACGGGCCCUGACCUCAACCACGUCCAGCACCUUCGGGGCGAACUGGAGCACCGACUGCGCACCAGACCUCAUCACCCAACAUCACUAAUGUUCUCGUGGCUGAGUGGGGUCGAAUCCCUGCAGCCAGGAUCCAAGAUCUGGUGGAAAGAACGAAAGCAGGGGAGUGGAGGUGGUUACAGUGGCAGAUUAAUGCCCAUGGUUUUGGAAUGACAUAAGUUCAACAUACAGUAUAUCACCCACAGUAUAUGGGGGUAAUGUUCGGGGGUCCAAAUACUUUGUCUGGGGGUUCACAUACUUUUGGCCCUGCAGUGUAUCUAAACCACUUUAUUUGGCGGUAAAGUUCGUUUUAUUGCUGGUGAAACGACAACUACAGUAGGUACGGAAGGUCAAAGAUGAAGCAGGAAGUGGGUUUGUGAGUGAACCUGUCUAAUUGUCUGACGGCCGGUGUUUGUCAGACUUCUUUUUAGUGAAAUGUUUGUUUUUAUUUCUCUUUGCCGUACUCCGGUCUCUCUCAUUGAGACGACCUGAUCAAGCAGAAGAAAUAUAGAUUUUUUUCCCCGAUCUCAGCUAUUACGUUAGUGAGUACAAUGUUCUUACAGCUGAUAAAAAUGAUGGACACAACUACAGAAAUAAAACCCAAGACGUAAAUAAACCGGAAUGAUCUUUUAAUCUCAGGCUGUAAACCAGAAACCUGUCUGAUUAGAGUUAGAUAACUAUACAGAAUAUAGAUUAUAAUUCUUAUAAAAAAGGAGUUUAGAUGGAUUUAAUCCCGUUAUCGAAGGACUCAUAAUAGUUUUGCAGUUUUUUUAUGCUACAUUUUACAUGUUGUAGUGAUUAAUAAUUGUCUAAUACUCAUUCAGGAUAUUAGUAUCGCCUGCUCUAAGUACUGAAUGAGAGAGAAACACUGGUUAGUUUGAGUUUGGGGGAUUUUCAGAUGGUUUUGUGGUUAAACUGAAGAUGAAGACAUACUGAGACUUUUGUCAGCGGACUGACAGACUGUUUGUGAACUGGUUUUUUUGUUUGUUUGUUUGUUUGUUUUUGUUUGUUUUUACGAUUUUGCUGUUGCUGCUGAUAUCAUGGCUCAUGGCCUGACUGAAAACCGUCUCUACAGAGGAUGUUUCAUUUAAGUAGUACACCGCAGUGUGUGAAACACAGGCGGUUACAUGGCUGAAACGUAUCCUGUGUAGACAGCAGGUUAAAAUUGCGGUGAGAGAUCAAUCAAAAUUUUCUAGUUACAUGAAACAAUUCAGUGUGAAGUUUGACCUUUUUUCACUUGUUUUUUUUUUAUUUUUGGUUUAUAAAGUUUAGAUUUUCUUCCAGAAAAACUGUUGCAUUACCUGUGACUAAUUCCCUCUCAUUGUAAUUUUUAAUGUCUGGUAUACACUUUAUUUACUCAUACAAACAUUAGAGCUGUCGAUGGAUGCUCUAUCUGUGUUAACGGAGCCUUUUUUAUACGUGCAUUUUUAUACGUGCAUUACGCAUCCAUUCAUGCAGCAUUUUUAUACAGGCUACAGAGCUUGAUUGGAUGUUAAUUGUUUAAUUGUACCAUGCAGUGCACCUGUGUGGAAGCAUCUGCAUUAGGGAUGUUUCUCUACUCAUUUAUUCAGGUUUUUCCUUUAAUUUGUCACCCGUCUGUACCUCGUUCCUCUGUGCCACGGAGCGCCGUUGUUGUCCGGAAAAUAUUAAAAACACACCAAUGA